UGAAGGUGCAACAGUAAUCGGUCGUCCCGAGCCCGGGUUCAUCCGACACCCUCACCAACCACGCUGAACUCAACCAACACAGCAGCAACAUGCCUCCCAAAUUCGACCCCAACGAGGUUAAAGUUGGUAUGUUUUCAGUGUUACCUGGGUAAUAAAAACAGAGUCUUGUUCACAGCAAGAUGGAGUCGUUCUCUGACGGCUACCUCCGUGUCUGCCGGCCUGUGAAUGGCCUAAAGAAAACGUGUACAUGAGAUGCACUGGAGGAGAGGUUGGAGCAACAUCAGCCCUGGCCCCCAAGAUCGGACCUCUGGGUCUGUCUCCCAAGAAAGUUGGUGAUGACAUUGCCAAGGCAACAGGUGACUGGAAGGGUCUGAGGAUCACUGUGAAGCUGACCAUCCAGAACAGACAGGCAGCGGUCGAGGUUGUUCCCUCUGCAUCUGCGCUGAUCAUCAAGGCUCUGAAGGAGCCUCCCCGUGACAGGAAGAAGGUCAAGAACAUCAAGCACACUGGAUCUGUAACCUUUGAUGAAAUUGUGACCGUCGCUCGCACCAUGAGGGCUCGCUCCAUUGCCAGAGAACUCUCUGGAACCAUCAAAGAGAUCCUGGGUACCGCUCAGUCUGUCGGCUGCACCAUUGAUGGACGUCCUCCCCAUGAUGUCAUCGAUGAUAUCAACGCAGGCAAAAUCGAGUGUCCAUCUGAGUAAAGAGUGACACCAAUAAAAGUUUUU